AUGGGUAAAAAAAAGAAAUCUAAGAAAAGCAAAUUGCUCAAGAUGUCUGAUGAGGAAAGGGCUAGAUAUUUCCAGCAUAAGGCUGAGCAGGAAGAAGAGGCCAAGAGGAGGAGAGAACAACUUGUUAAAGCCUGGAUGAUUAAAAAGAUGAAGAAAGAACAGGCCUUCAGCAGGCUCAAUCUAGCCAAAAUAAACACCUAUUGGAUCCAGUUUUUCCGAAAGAUAAAAGUGAAGGAAAUGAGGGAUGAAAUAAAAUAUCUCCAAGAAUGGUUGGACUACAUUCUUACGUUAAAAAAUAGGAUAAUCAAUAAUCUGUUGAUUGAAUUGCAAGAGGCCGAAUCACAGUAUUCAUACAACUUCAAAGCUCAUUGUGUACACAUCGACAAAUUCAUAGAUUUUCACAAGAACUGGGUCUCUGAAUUACAGAAUUUGUUCGACGAAGAUAGGUAUGAAAUGACUGAGUUGUACUUAUCAAAUAUGGAGGAAUACAAGAGACGUUCUCAUGAGAAUGAAGACUAUUUGAAAACAAUAAUUUUUGCUCAGGGCAAAAAUGCUGAAGUUGCUAUUCGCGAGGAUUACGAAUAUUUCAUGAAGAGGAAUUAUGAAAUUAUAAAAAAUGUGAGUAUCCAAAACGAGGAAUCUAUUCGUCACAUGAUCACAAUUCGGGACGCCGCGUGCGCUUCCCUAUGGAGGCGGAUGGCUCAAUCUGUCCGUCAGUACGUAAGACGCACCGAUGCCAGGCGCCACCAUAUGGCUGAGCUGCGCAAAUUGGACGCAGAAAGCGCCACUGAGAUCUCCGACAACCAGGAGCGCAUAACGAAGCUGGAGAAUUCCAUAGAGCAACUCAAGAAACACUUCAAUAAUUCUUCAGAAGACUCAAAACUACAACUUCAACAAAUGAAAAACGAAGAAAAAAGGAAAAAUAUGGAAGUGGUAAGAAAGAGGAAAGACCUGAAAAAAAGCAACGAAAACGACAAUAGGAAAAUAACAAUUUUAACUACCACAUCCAACAACUCUAUAGAGCACCUGAACAGAAUUCUGAGAACUGUUGAACAUUGUUUGUUCUUAUACAAAGCAUGCCGAAAAUAUGAAACGUCAAAUGAAAAUUUGAACAAAUGGCUGAACAAGAAAAUCGGUUUGAAAUAUCCCUAUUUCGGUUUACCGCAAGUUCAAGAAGCUAAAAUGGACGCUUGGGAGGAGCAGGAUGAUGACUUAACGGACGAUUUCGUUAUAGAAGGAACCAAAUUGUUUUCAAGGAUCAAUCUUGGACAGUUACAUUUUCAAGGUCCUAAGAUUCUGAUAGAUACCAAGAAAAUCAUAAGUAGAAUUUUUCCUGCUAAGAAAGCUACUUCCAAAAGGUCAUCAGCACCCUCCAAACUUCUACGACGUUCUGGAAAAAUUCGACCAGAAACUUCAGUUUCCUAUGGUUCCAAGGUAUCUUCAACAAGUCAAGAUUUGUUCAGUGAUAAACCACAGGUUAGCAACCUAAGUAAGGUGUUGAUACAAGCUAAGCCAUCUGUGAGCUCUUCAGCAAGCCUCUUGUCAACUCCGUCUAAAAUAACUGAAGAGGAUGAAGAAGACGAACAGAAAGAUUUGGAUUUCAUUCCAGAGCUUGAUGUUGGAAUAGGACAUUUGGAAAAGUUGAAUUAUUUGUGGGAUAUGAAGAGUAAGGUCAUAGUAGAUAUAAAAGAGCUUAAAGGGGAAAAGAAUCAAUUGAGGUAUGAGAAUGAGCAGUUGAAACAUAUGCUGAGACUGGUUUUAGAGGCUGCUGCUUUAAGGAGAGGUGAUAUGGGGAAUGACACUGAUUCAUGUGUAACCUCAUCAGGUCGUGGUAGUUUUUCUGCCACUUUGAGGACUGCUUAUGAUCAAUUCUGAAUUAAAUAUACAUAUACUACACAGGGUGUUUUCAAAGGUGAGGC